GCCGCGGGGCGGCGGGGAGAGGCGCGGCGGGCGCGCGGGCACCAUGACAGAAGAUGACCGAGGCGGCGCUGGUGGAGGGCCAGGUCAAGCUGCGGGACGGCAAGAAGUGGAAGAGUAGGUGGCUGGUGCUGCGCAAGCCGUCGCCUGUGGCAGAUUGCCUGCUGAUGCUGGCCUACAGGGACAAGUCGGAGCGAGCCAAGGGGCUCCGGGAACGGAGCAGCCUCACACUGGAGGACAUCUGUGGCCUGGAGCCCGGCCUGCCCUACGAGGGCCUGGUCCACACGCUGGCCAUCGUCUGCCUGUCACAGGCCGUCAUGCUGGGCUUCGACAGCCGGGAGGCCAUGUGUGCCUGGGACGCUCGGAUCCGCUACGCGCUCGGCGAGGUACACAGAUUCCACGUGACGGUGGCUCCAGGCACCAAGCUGGAGAGCGGCCCCGCCACCCUGCACCUCUGCAAUGACAUCCUCGUGGUGGCCAGGGAUGUGCCCCCAGCUGUCGCGGGGCAGUGGAAGCUGUCAGACCUCCGGCGCUACGGGGCCGUGCCGAACGGAUUCAUCUUUGAAGGCGGGACCAGGUGUGGGUACUGGGCUGGAGUCUUCUUCUUGUCCUCGGCUGAGGGAGAGCGGAUCAGCUUCCUGUUCGACUGCAUCGUCCGCGGCAUCUCCCCGACCAAGGGUCCCUUUGGGCUGCGGCCGGUUCUCCCAGACCUGAGCCCCGGGGGACCCGCCACCGUGGAGGAGCGAGUUGCUCAGGAGGCCCUGGAAACCCUGCAGCUGGAGAAGCGGCUCAGCCUGCUCUCCCACUCCGGCCGGCCGGGCAGCGGAGGGGAUGACCGCAGCCUGUCCGGCUCGUCGUCGGAGGCCAGCCACUCGGAUGUCAGCGCCAGCAGCCGGCUCGCAGCGUGGCCAGAGCCAUCCUCGUCCUCGGCCAGCACGUCGCAAGAGGGGCCGGGGUUGGCGGCUGCCCAGGCCCCCGGGGAGGCUGCACUGGGCACCUCGAGGCCGCCCCUCAAGCCGCUGCGGCCGCGGCAGCUGCAGGAGGUCGGCCGCCAGAGCUCCUCAGACAGUGGCAUCGCCACGGGCAGUCACUCCUCCUACUCGGGCAGCUUCUCCUCCUGCGCAGGCAGCAGCCUGGACGUGUGGCGCGCCGCCGACGAGUUCGGCUCCCUGCUCAGCCUGCCAGCGGCCGGGGCAGCCGAGCCCAGCCUGUGCGCCUGCCCGCCGGGGACGGCCGAGUACCAGGUGCCCACCGCCCUGCGGCCCCACUAUGACACGCCCCGCAGCCUGCGCCAGGCCCCCAGGGACCAGACCCCAGCCUCGCAGGGCGGCCCUGACGACGGUACCGCUGGGGACUCGGGCGGCCAGAUGUCAGCAGGGUGUCCCUCCAGCUGGCUGGGCGCGAGACGGCGGGGACAGGCGACAGAUGCACCGGGCAGCGAGGCCACACUGCCCAGCCCGGCCCCCAGCGAGCCCUGGGAAACGGGCGGCCCCCACACCGGGCCCCCUCUGUCUUUCUUUUCCACGUGUCCAGUCUGUGGAGGACUGAAGGGAGCCGCUGCCUCUCCCCCUGGGGUCCCGGUGACGCAUUCAGGUAGCCCUUCCUCGGCUGGUCCGCUGGGCCUCGAGGCCCCGGGGCCUGAGGGGCCACGCAGUGAGGCGCACACCUACGUGAAUGUCCCUGUCAGCCCCUCCUCCCCACAGCAGCUGCACUACUUGGGGCUGCAGCUGCAGGCGGCCAGUGCGGGCAUCCGAGGGGCCGGAGCCUCCCGCUACGCGCAGAUCGACAUCCUGGCCACCGAGGCGGCCCACAGGGCGGGGGCCCUGCAUGCACACAUCAGGAAGGAGCGGCUGCACGACCUGGAGCAGAGGCGGAAGGGGGUCCCGCGGUGAGGUGGCUGGACUCCACCACGACCGAUGCCCCGAGGGAGCGGCCCCAUGGCAUCUCUGUUGUAUCCUGCCGGUCAGGCUCCGAGCAGAGGGUGGGCGAGCUGCCCUGAGCCCUGGUGCAGGCGGGUGGACGGUUCUGGGGCU